AUGGUCCUCCUUGCCACGACAGAUCGGAUUCGUGCCGCUCUCGAAGCUGUGCCUGCGUCGCAGCGGCAGGAACUCGAUCUUCCUGCCCCUGCGGCGCUGGAACGGGAUGGGCCGAUUGCGCAUGAGCAGCUCCUCCGCCUCGCGAAGCAGCUCCAGAACGACGCCACAUACAACGCCAGCGCCGACGACAGUGGGUUGACUGUUCUCAACGCCCUUCUGCGUGGGACAAAGGUCUACGUCCCACCGCCACCAAAGAAGCCUGAGCCCAGCCCCGAAUACCUCGCCUCAAAAGCGCGCCUUCUCGCUGAAGCCGAAAGAGUAGCCUACCAGCGACUCCUCAACCCAACGUACACGCCCAGCCCCGACCAUGCCGACCCCUACGCUCCUCCGCCCGAUGCGCCCGCCCUCGCCGAAGACACUCUCACCCCCAGCCUCGUCUUUAACAUCUUCCUCUCAGUCGUCAUAACCGGGUUCAGCGUCUACUGGGCGCUGACGAAAUUCACCAUGCCCUCGAUUCUAGCCAGGACUUUUGCCUCGUGGACCGGGCCGCAGGGAGAGAGCCAAGAGACGAGUGGUGGGGCUUCAGACGCGGUGCGCGUGCUCAUAUCGUUUUUUGCGGCCUUGUCGGUUGCGGUGGCUGAGGCGUUCUUGUACGGUGCAUACCUCGGGAAGGUGGAAAGGGCACGGGCGAAGGAGAGGAAGCUUCAGGAGCGGAAGACGUUUGUUGGGACGGUGGAGAGUGAGAAGGCUGUGGAGAGUGUGGAGAGUGCGGAGAGUGUAGACGCGGAUCAGAAGGAUGAGAUUUGGGGAAAGGGCGUCAAUGGUGGGGUGCGGAGGAGAGUCAGGGAGAAAUGGGAGAAACGCAAUGAAAAAGGAUAA